AUAAUGUUAAUGUGUUAUUCAACAGGAACUGUGGACAAAAAGCCCUCACUUAGAACAGAUCUCUAGCUAUUAUUUUGAUGGACAGGGCAAAGCAUUCCGACCUGUGAUGAUUGUCUUGAUGGCCAGAGCACUCAAUUUUCACAUAUUUGAAUCAAACAGACUUUUGAAUACUCAACAUAGGAUGGCCAUUAUAGCAGAAAUGAUUCACACUGCCAGUCUGGUACACGACGAUGUCAUUGACACAUCUGAUACUCGAAGAGGCAAAUCAAGCGUUAAUGUAUUAUGGGGCCAAAAAAAGGCAAUAUUAGCUGGUGACUUCAUAUUAGCUCAAGCUGCCAGAAUACUCGCUCAGUUAGGAAAUGAAGAUGUUGUCCAUCUUUUAGCUCAGGUACUUCUAGAUCUCGUUCAGGGAGAGUUUAUGCAAAUGAACUGUUCAGAAGAAGAAUCUGAAAGGUUUACUCACUAUCUCCAAAAGACUUUCAAAAAGACAGCCAGUCUGACUGCAUACACAUGUAAAGCAGCUGCUGUACUUGGUGGAGCUGAUCAGACACUUCAAGAGACGGCUUUCCAGUAUGGAAGAAAUGUUGGGAUUGCAUUUCAGCUAAUUGAUGACUUACUCGACUUUAUCUCCAGCCAAUCAGAAAUGGGUAAGCCCACAACAGCCGACUUGAGGCUAGGUUUAGCUACUGCUCCUGUGUUAUUUGCAAGCCAAAAGUAUCCUGAAUUAAAGCCAUUGAUUCAAAGAAGGUUUUCAAAGUUGGGUGAUGUCGAAAAAGCCUAUGAAGCUGUUAUUAACGUAAGUAUAACCUUCAUACUACCUUCAAGCAGUAGUCAAAUUUUUUUUUAGUUACUAUUUUUAGGA